AUGAAGUACGACGGCUUCUGGUACUACGUCGAAUGGAAGCGAUACGACUGGGCAACCCCGGGAGAGAUGAGAAAGAAGGCCGAGAAUGGAAUCCUAGGGCUAGCUCAGUUGUUCAAUGCGCCGAAACACCAGUCCUUCAGGACGCUGGAGUGCUUUGGCAUACUCGAUGACAAGUGCCAAGAGCAGUUCGAGUUUCUGUAUCGCUGGCCUGGGAGGCCCGACAACCCCCGGCCGCCCAAGUCGCUCUGGGAAUAUAUGUCAUCCAGCUACAAACCGUCGCUAUCGGCGAGGCUCCAGCUAGCAAGAGAGCUUGCGCGCUCUGUUCUCCUUCUUCAUUCCGCCAAUUGGAUGCAUAAAGCCCUCUCGAGCGACAACGUCGUGUUCUUUCCCCGGUCCGACGAGCGACCGCUAGAGAGCCCUUUCAUAGUUGGGUUCGACUACUCACGGCCGGCUAAUCUGGGCGCACCGUCACAGAAGCUGCAGAAGAACGCCAGGAUCGACAUCUACCGCCACCCGAAGUGUCUGAAGGCUUAUGGCUUCCAAAAGUGCUACGACAUCUACAGUCUUGGUCUAGUACUUCUUGACAUUGCCAAGUGGCGACCACUCAAGGAAAGCUUCAUCCCGCUCGCGCGGGAGAAGUAUUUCAAAGACGUCUCAGAGGACAUGAGAAAGAAGACUAGGGCCGAGCUGGAGCACAUUGAUUUGAAAAUGUAG